AAACAUUCUAAACAUUUUUUCGAUUAUUCGAAAAACACCGUCAGCCUUGCCAAGGUUAUAUGAACGUGUUUUGUUGCUAAUGGUUACAGAGAAGAUGCCUUAAACAAUGUGUGAAACCAUGAUGGUACCGCAAUAGUGUGGCAACAAUGUAAGAAUUAACACGAGUGUUUGUCACUCAUUUUAAACCGAACAUCCGGAUGACCGAAUUCUUUAAUGAUGAAAGGUAAUUAACUUUAUUAAAGUAAUCGUUUUUCUUUGUCUUCUCAAAUUUAAUAUUGGAAAAAACAAGUUAUGGUAGUAGGUACUUUCAUUUCGUUGUAUCUUUGCAUUCAACGCAAACGAACUGAAAAGUGAAAUUGUAAAAUCCUUUGGGAAGAAGUUAUGAUAAAACUUUUCAGCAGUUACUUUAACAAGACGAUGUCAAGAAAAAGAGAUAAACACAAGCUUUUCAGAUCAAAUUCUACAAAUACAACGAUGGCUGAAAAGAUUGUAGAAAUUCACAAGAAUAUGGAAGGCACGAAAAGUGGAGAGUUAACGCCUGAUGCCAAGCCGAAAAAGAAAAAAUUCUCUCGAGCGAUGAGUUUUGAUGUUCGCGCUUUGACUUCUGCUUUAAAAAACAAUAAUGAUCCUAGCCCAACUUCGGAAACGUCGAAGUCGGUGUCGCCUCGACCAAAGAAAACUUACGCGAAUUACCAACACCCUAGUAGUUCGAACAGUGAUAUUGAAGAAGAACUUGUUCAGACAAACUAUUCAGUGCAAUAUUUAGGCCAUGUUGAGUUAAAAUCACCUGGGUUAAACGAGAUAAUUGAAACUGUAAAUAAAAUGUACCAUCACGCUAAACCUUACCUGAAAUCUUUAGAAAAAUCUCAACUAACUUUAAAUCGUGAUGGAAUAACAAUAAAGCAAUAUGGCGUCCCGAGACGUGACGCUGAAGAAGAAGAAAGUUUAGAAAGCGAGAUUUUGUACAAACCAAGACGUAUUUUAUACUGUGGAGUAGAUAAACAACAUCAACGCGUGUUUUCGUUUAAUUACCAAUUUGGUGCACGCGCCGAAAAUAUACAAUUACAUGUUUUAGUAUGUAAAACCAAGGAUGAUGCAAGACAUGUGGCUAAGUAUUUGGCCCAACUAUUUAAAAGAAUUUCCACAGAUAUGCAUCGCAAAGAAAAAGAGGAUAAAAAACAACAUCAGGAAGGACUUACUAAACUAAAAGCUAGAUCAAAUCAGAACAUUCAUACUUAUGCUAAUAUAACCUAUCCUACACGCAGGUCAAUGGGCAGCAAGGAUGGUUCGUGUUCAGGUGGUACUUGUGGUUCUGGAGAAUGGAUGGCAGAAAAGGAAAGAGAAAGGAUCGAGUUAUCAAUGGCGUAGCAGUCAACUUUGUAAAUAAAAUAAGAUGUUUCAUUUUAGUUAUGUAUAUAUACUUUUUGUUUUUCAGUUUGUGUUUUCAACUCUGAUACUGCUCUGUCCCUUGUUGUAAAAGAUAGAUUUAAAUCA